GAUAAGCCCCAUCCCUGGUUCUAGAAACACGCACGCAGCCAGCAGAGCUCCAAGCUCGCCACGCAUCGUCGCGCAACACCUCGCCUGCCAAAAGCCAUUGCCAUCGCUGCUCUCGCAAGAACGCGGCCAGCAAGGAGGCAGAAUCAAUGGCGACCAUAGCCACGAUGGCCAUGCUCAAGCCCGCCAAGAUCCUGGCGCGGUCGGCGCCGUCCACCAGCGGCAGCAACAAGGCGCCGAGCAUCUCGCUGCGCAGCCUGCAGAAGGGCGCGGCCAAGAAGGGCGGCCUGGCCGUGUCGUCUCCGGCGGCCGCGGCGAUGGCAGGCGCCUUCUUCUCGGCGCUGGCGUCGUCGGACGCGGCGCUCGCGGCGCAGCAGAUCGCGGACGUGGCCGCGGACGCCGGCAGCGACAACCGGGGCACGCUGCUGCUCGUCGUGGUGGCGCCGGCCAUCGGGUGGGUGCUCUACAACAUCCUGCAGCCGGCGCUGAACCAGCUGAACCGCAUGCGCAGCCAGGCGCUCAUCGCCGGCCUGGGCCUCGGCGCGGCCGCCACGGCGGCUUUGGCGUGCGCGCCCGAGGCCUCCGCGGUCCAGGAGCUCGCCGCUGUGGCCGCAGCGGCGCCCGCCGACGACAACCGGGGCCUGCUGCUGCUGAUCGUGGUGGCGCCGGCCAUCGGGUGGGUGCUGUUCAACAUCCUGCAGCCGGCGCUCAACCAGCUCAACCGCAUGCGAUCCGACUGAGCGCCAUGCGGAUCAAAUGCUCUACUGUUCUUGCGAAAUUCAUGCACUCAAAACAUCUAGAUUGGGCAGCCAUGAGGUUAGCAUGUCUUCCAAUCCCAUCCCCAUCUCACUGAGGGCUUGUAACCUAGCCCACUCACAUGGAUGGGCUAGGGUUUGGGGUGACCCAAACGAGGCAGGGAGAAUUUGCUAAUGGUGCUCAUAUAUUACAUCUCUACUAAUAUAAAACGAGAUUAUUCGUCUUGUUUCGUCAUGCAUUACACCUCCCCUGCUUUCCUUCCACCAUCAGUCCUUAUGCUUGCAAUAGACUCAAGAUCUGUAUAAAUUAGCAAUAGCCUGAAGGUCUCUUCCUUACAGUAUUGGAGUGCUGAAAGUAAAUUUAUGCAUGUAAGAUCUUCCUUUCAGUAUUAUGCCAAAGUGCUAUUUUUUCUU